UUCAUAAGCAGUUUUGUACGAAGUAAUUUGAAAUAUGACGUUAUCGCGAAACGACCAAAGUCGUUGUUUGCCGUGAUCGAACGGAUGAAAGUGUUGUAUCCCGGAAAAUCUGGCAUAGUGUAUUGCUUGUCAAGAAAAGAAUGCGAAACAGUGGCAAAAUCACUGCAAAAUCAAGGGAUCUCAGCAGAUGUUUACCAUGCGGGUUUACCGGAUAAACAGCGACGAACGGUUCAAUCGAAAUGGAUCGGUAAUCAUGUGAAUGUGAUUUGUGCCACCAUUGGUAAGUUUUAG